UAUGACAGCAAUUUUAUCAAUAUAGGUUUUUAGGUUUUCGUAAAUAUAAAUAGUAAAAUUUUAUUAAAAUAAUAAUAUCUAGUAAAAGUCUUCUUUUCGUUUAAUUUAAAUAUUCAUCCUCACAAAACCAUAAUGCGAUGAAAUAAUAUCCAAUAUACGAAGAAUAUAGAAGAUUCACAAUGAUACCUUUUGCAGCUUCAGCAUUCUGCCGAAGUGUAGGAAGGCGAUAUGUUCAGAUUAAAAGUGUUUCUCCGUUAUAUUUCAGUGCUUCUAGAAUAAUUUGUGGGAAAGUUCAAGUUACUAUAACCUGUAACCGAAAAUCUAGUAGAUUUUUGCACAUAUCUGCCUACGUCAAUAGUAAAAGCGAAAUAAGAAAUUCACAAGAGCAACAAGUAAAAGAAAAUGAGCCCCAAAGGGACUCUAGUAACGUAGUUAAAAAGAAAGAUUUAAAUAACAUAACUGUAAAGACUGAGACUGAUGAUGAUAAUAAAGUAACUAAAGUGACUAUUGAGAAGUCGAAAGAUUCGACAUCUGCAUCGAAUGCAUCUAGUCAAGCCGUUGCACAACCAACUAAGAAAAGACUUCUAAUUGAUUUUUCUGCUUCUUACACUGAAAGGAAUUUCAUAACACCGAUGCGUGCAAUGACAGAGUACUUACUGAAGCAGACAGAUCUAGAAUCUUUGCCUAAAGUGCUCCGUCGUUCUCCUUAUGAAUCAGAACCUCCUAUUACUGUUUAUUACAGAAAAGAUGUUGAAGCUAAGGCUAUUGAAGUAUGGGGGUCAAAAGAUAGUCUAGAUAAAGAACUUCUAAGAAGAGAAUUAGAUAGGAGGAGAUAUGAACAAGAUGUAUUUACCGUUAAAAGGAGGCUCAGGAAUUAUAGGAGAGAAAUGGGUCACAAACGUCUCAAGCAUGGAGUUGAAGAGAUGGGUUUGAAAACAGUUUCAGGCAGAGUUGUACUUACUGCAAUCGGAAUCAAUGGAUGCAAUUUUCUUUUUAAACUGUGUGCGUGGCUGUACACAGGAUCACACAGCUUAUUUUCAGAAUGCAUUCAUUCUCUAGCUGACACAGUGAAUCAGUUGAUUCUGGCAUAUGGAAUUCACAAGUCAGUGCAGAUAGCAGAUCCUGAUCAUCCAUAUGGGUAUACAAACAUGAGAUAUGUAUCGUCUUUGAUAUCGGGUGUCGGUAUCUUCUGUGUCGGUUGCGGCCUGUCCUUCUAUCAUGGGGUCAAUGGGAUUAUUGAUCCCCAACCGCUACAUGAUUUUUAUUGGGCUUAUUUCGUCCUUGGCGGCGCUGUGGUGUCAGAAGGCGCAACUCUAAUGGUGGCUCUUAGCGCUAUAAGGAAAGGGGCAAAAGAAGCUAAUAUGUCAUUAUAUGAAUACAUAAUGCGCAGUUCAGACCCGUCAGUGAACGUAGUCCUAUUCGAGGAUACAGCGGCAGUGGCCGGCGUGGUGGUGGCCGGCACUUGUAUGGCGAUCUCGCAGUACACGGGCAGCCCGCUGCCGGACGCGAUUGGCUGCUUGCUCGUGGGCACGCUGCUGGGGGGCGUGGCCUCGUUCAUCAUACUGAGCAACGUGGGCGCGCUGGUUGGCCGAUCCAUUCGUCAAGAGCAACUGGAUGAAAUCAACAGCGUGUUGGAGCGCGACUUCAUGAUUCGAGCUAUACACGACGUGAAGGGAAUCGAUAUUGGCAGCAACCUCAUUAGAUACAAGGCCGAAGUUGAUUUCGAUGGGCGAGCUCUAACAAGGUCAUAUUUGGAAAAACACGAUCUCAAUGCUUUGUUGGAAGAUAUGAAGAAAAUUCAAACGAUCGACGAUGUAGAAGCGUUCCUCCUGAAACAUGGCGAGAACAUUGUUGAUAUGUUGGGAGGUGAAAUAGAUAGGAUAGAAUUAAAAUUGAGGAAAAAGUUUCCUCAAAUUCGACACUGUGAUUUGGAGAUACUUUGAAUAUCCAGCUAUAAAAAGAGUUGUAAGCUAUUAAUGUUUAGAGUGAUUAUAGUUAUAAAUAGGUUUCAAUUACAGUCACAUUAAUAAAUUAUAUCCGAAAAUCAUGUGAUAUGUUUUGACUUUUGACACCAAAAAAAUAUUAUUUUUUGACAUAUUAUAGAUGUUUAUUUUGCGUGGAUUUACUCUCUACUUUUGCGUCGAUAUCAAUAUUGUUAUGUUGUUAAUACUAUAUGCGCCUCGAAUAAUGCGACAAAAAAUUGUACACCCAAUAAAUGCGUUUUGUUUAAAUUAUUAAUGUAUAACAAUUAACAAAUACAAUACAAAUAUAAAAAGCAAAACGAAGCUCUUAACCUUUUUUCACUACAAAUGAUAAGUUAUUCAUUUUGUAUUAAUAUUGCAUAGAAAUUAUUUCACCACUUGAUGAAAAAAAGCCUUAACAUUAUUUAAAUAAAGAUUUAAAACUAUGUGUAAGGUAAUGUGGCGAGCUUGUUGCUUAUUUAUACUAUGUAUAUUCAAUGUACUAAUAUAUAAUCGGUUCGGCUUUGAAAUUCCUUCAUUUAUACUGGGAAUGCAUUGCAGCUUUAAAGUUAAUUCUCUUUUUAACGAGAGAAGACAUUCCACGUAAAGCAGUGAAUGGUUUACCCAGGGACAAAUUAAAGACAAUAUUCAUCUAUUUCUUUAAUAACUAAUCAUAUUAAUAUAAUCUAAAAACGAUUUUUGAGGUGAUUGUUUUAAUAUUGAUUACAAAAUAUAAUAAAAUGGAUUUAAACUAGACUAGAUUAUUAACUAAAUCUUGUCCAUCUUGUCUUUUAGGGAAUACUGAACUCCGACUCUGAAAUAGAAUAGACAUUUGUUGUUGCAACUACUGCGAUUUAUAGAUAUAACAAUAAAUUAAUACAAAAAAGAAA